AUGUCUUCCCCACGAACACACACCCUCACCCCUCUCGCAACCCUCACACCGCCAUCCAACUCACGAACAUGGCAAUCGGCGCCCCACCCUACUCUCCCUAUUGUCGCAACAGCAUGUUCCGACCGCAGCGUCCGCGUGUACAGCUUGACCUCCUUUACGCUCCUGCACUCGAUAACCGGAGGCCAUAAACGCAGUGUACGCACCGUUUCCUGGAAACCUGGCACGCGGGGGCAGAGCGUGCUUGCGACGGGGAGUUUUGAUUCGAGCGCGGGGAUAUGGCGGCGGGAAGAAGGCGGCGGUGCUGUGGGUGGCAUGGAGCGCGACUUCACGGAUGCAGGCGGACGAACCGGCGGAUGCAUGGAUGAAGACAACUUUGACACAGUCUCGGACUAUGACGACGCCGACGACUAUCAAUUCUCUUGUAUUCUCGACGGGCACGAAUCGGAGAUCAAGUGCUUGGCAUGGUCACCCUCGGGCCAAUAUCUAGCUACCUGCUCCCGUGACAAGAGCGUGUGGAUAUGGGAGGAGCUCGAGGACGACAACUUUGAGACGGUCGCCGUACUACAAGAACACGACGGCGACGUCAAAUCCGUGGCAUGGCACCCAGAAGAAGACUUGCUGGUUAGCACGAGCUACGACGACACUGUCCGGUUGUACAGGGAAGAUGCAGACGACUGGGUGCAGGUGGCUAUGAUUGAUGGGCACAAGGAGACAGUCUGGUGGGCUGAGUUUGAAGGCAGCGGCAUGAGUAAAAAGGACUACAGGAAAGACACGGCAGGGCUGGCAGCCGAGCAAACACAACACAUGGAGGAACUGGAGAGAUCAGGACCUAGAUUCGCGACCUGCUCGGAUGACUGCACAGUUCGCAUAUGGCGGAGACGGCCGCGAGAGAGAGACGAGUAUGCCGAGCGCAACACGGGCAUACCCAGUAUUAUUCGUUCUGCGGCCAUUGACGAGGACUGGCAUCAGGAGGCUGUGCUACCUAAAGCUCAUGAACGCGCCGUCUACUCGGUCAGUUGGAGUCGAAGGACGGGGUUGAUUGUUAGCGCGGGGAGUGACGGGAAGAUUGUGGUCUACAAGGAGAGGUGGAGAGAACAACAAGCUGCUCCGGAUACCGACAACGGGGAUGCGGACAAGUCGUUGACUGAGUGGGUGGUUAUUGCGGAGUUAUUCUCAGGGCACGACGUGUUUGAGAUCAACCAUGUUUGUUGGGCGAGGAGAGCAGACAAGGGCAAGCGGUCAGAAGAUGAGGAGAUCAUACUGAGUACGGGCGAUGAUGGCGAAGUAAGGGUGUGGACUUUGGACGACGACGCAGCCGUUCCUACGUAG